AUGUCCACACUGGAUCUCUCAGCCAUUAACAACGGAAGACUUUACUUUGAUAUUGAUGAUAUCAUGGCGAGUGAGGAACGGGUGGCUGUUGUGUUCAACUUUACAAUUCCGAAUAUUGGAAAAUAUAUUAAAACAGCAACCGCUCUACAGAAAGAACAUUUGAAACAACAUCAACUUUUGAGUACGAGUAGCAACAACAAUACAAAUCAUUAUCAUGGUAAUGAUGAGGAGGAAUCUGUAGCCGAGUCAUCCGAUUCGGAAGAUGAAACCAACAAGAGCAAUACAUUAUUUGAAGAAAAAUAUAUUAUUGAGAGGUCUACGAAAGUGGAGGUUCCUUUCUGGUUAGCCUAUGUGUGUGGUAGUCAGGGAUAUGUGGAAGUUGAGGUUCCGAGAGUUUUUGCUGAUUUGAAUUAUGUGACUUCGAAUUUUGAAAAGGCUUCUCUCUCGAAAGUGAAUCGAUACUUUUAUGAAUUUGGCUCUGCUUUGUUUAAAUUAAUGGCUGAUAUUGCAAUUAAUUUGAAAAGAGAUCAAGAAUUAGAGGCUCUGUAUAUACAACGAAGGUCAACACUGAUUGAAACACUGGUUCAUCGAUUUAAAUUGUUUUUGAGACAAGCAUACCGAGCAAGUAAUGAAAGCAGUAGUUCCAGUUUCCUCACCGAACAGUAUGCAGAAUUCAAAUCAAAACUUUGCAGUAGUGAACUAAGCAUUCUUCAAAUGAUUCAAACAGAUGAGACGAACUUUGUGGAAUGGAAACAUAAAUCUUUAGGAACGUACAAGCUCCAAUAUCAAAAGAAUUACAUUAGCUCUACAGAUAGAGAUCGCGAUAGUGAUGAUGACAACGACACAAAUUCUAACUCGUCUGAUAAGAGAAGAAGAAACAGAUAG